AAGAGAACUGCCUAGUGGCGGCGGCGAGUGUGAGUGGUUUGGAACGUACAAGCAAGCACAUUGAUGCAGGCAGUGGUCACCAAGCGUGUGGUGGCGGCGGUGGCCGGCCCCGCGCAAAAGCGUCAUUUCAUCUCUGUUGCUCACAAGUACAAGGAGGCGUACGAGCGCUAUGGCUUCUGGAACUGUCUCUGGAAGCUGUACAACCCUGGUGAUAUCAAGUUCGGCAAGGAAGUCGGUGAAGACCGCUUCGGCAACAAGUACUACGAAGACGUGACGGACGUUGCGGGCCAACAGCGCUGGACCGAAUACAAAGUGCAGACGCACGAAGAAUUCGGGGGCGACCAGGUCCCCCCCGAGUGGCACCUGUGGAUGCAUCAAGUCACGGAUGCCAAGCCAAACGAACCCGGCCAACAGCCCGAAAACUGGGUCAAGAUUCCCCUCUCCAACGUGAGCGACGCGCCAUACACGACCCACCUCGGCCCUGUCGGCGAAUUCUCGGAAAACCAAACAACCUAUCGCCAGCGCGCUUACGGCAUCGACAACCACCAGUGGUUGAAGAAUGGCGAGCCUGAUCGCUACUAUCUGCAGCCCCGCCACCCCCUGCGUAUGCGCAACCGCGACAACAACGACUUCGAUCAUAUCGACUACAACAACCCCGACGCGCCCCCAAAGAACUCGUCCGCGCCGUUGCGUGGGCUGGACAAAAACUAAGGAGCAUCGAGUGUGCCACAGUAAUGACUUGAAUUGCUCCAUGUGCCUUGCAUCC